GGUCAAACAAUGACAACAUCGUCCCGAUAGGAAGGGAAUCACAAAUGUCACGACGGAGUAAGCUGCAGCAGGGCUGCUAGAAAGUGCCAAAUUAGCCCAAAACAGCAGCGUCUGUAAACUCACCCAGCCCCGGGAUGGCGGCUGCAGCUCGGAUAGCCGCUAUAGGCGGGCCGGUGUCCACUCUGUCCCGGUUCCGCGGCGCCCUCGUCGGGGCUGUGCUGGGAGACUGUGUGGGCGGCGAGUUUGAAGGAGCUGAAGAUGUUCCUCUCGACCGGGUCCUUCAGCAUCUCAGCGGGCUUGAGGACGACACACGGGGUGACGGCAUACUACAGUACAGUGAUGACACAGCCAUGAUGCGCUGUGUGGCCCAUUCGCUUCUGACCAGGACGGGGUUUGAUGAGCAAGACAUGGCACGCAGAUUUGCAAAAGAGUACAACCUUGCCCCAGGCCGUGGCUACGGAUCGGGGGUCAUUCAGGUCCUGCGGAAGCUGGCGUCUCCUCAGCUCAGUGAUGUCUUUCAACCAGCACGGGCCCAGUUCGGUGGGCGUGGGUCGUUCGGUAACGGUGGAGCAAUGAGAGCGGCCCCUUUUGCCCUUGCCUUUAGAAAUGCUGCUGACGUGCAGCAGUACUCCAGGCUAGGUGCCAUGCUCACCCACUCAUGCUCUCUGGGCUACAAUGGAGCUGUGCUGCAGGCCCUCGCUGUCCACUUGUCUCUGCAGGGUGCCCUGGCCUUACCAGAGGAAUUCAUCAACAGACUCAUCUCUGAGAUGGAGGAAGUAGAGAGGGAGGAGACAGCCCAACAUGACGCCAAAGCACUUAAUUUAGCAGAGUUUCCAUACUGCACACGUUUACACAGAGUCAAGGAGCUUGUAGAGCGGGGCAGUGUGAGCAUUGAAGAGGUCAUAUCGGAACUCGGGAAUGGCAUUGCAGCCUUGCAGUCUGUCCCCACGGCCAUCUUCUGCGUGUUGCAUUGUCUGGAGCCACGGGAGGGCCUGCCAGAGCGGUACGGUGGUCUGGAGAGGACUAUAGCCUACAGCUUAGCCCUGGGAGGAGACACAGACACCAUCGCCUGCAUGGCAGGUGCCAUCGCAGGGGCUCACUACGGCAUUGAGGCCAUUCCACAAAGCUGGCAGAAGAGCUGUGAGGGGGUAGAGGAAGCUGACCAACUGGCCGAGCGCCUAUAUAAACUGUACUGCCUCACACAAUUGGAGGAGGAUGGCAUUACCAUGAGCGACAGCAAUCAGCCUCGGUCACACAGCAGCAAUCAGCAUCCAACACACACUGAGUGACCAACUAUGUUAUUACAUAAACACUUUGCAAAUCAUUGUUGGCACAUAAAAUCACACACUCUGCUGUGUUACAGAAACCCCCACGUAUAAAGCUGGAACAUUGUUGCUAAUGUCUUUGUUGUGCAAGAAAAGUUUACAAUAAAGGAACAAAACACUUCCAACCUGACUGGAAAA